AUGUCUUCCCUCAUUGUGUUGGAUAUUGCACAAAACACUAUCUCCGGUGAUAUACCCACUUGCUUUGGUAAUAUCAAAACCCUACUUUUCAACAAUGUCUCACGCCACAAACUUUCUUUUGAAUUUCUUUCAUCAUCUCCUGGUCGUUACUUAAUCAAUGAUGACAGUCUUGAAUUGGUUACUAAAGGUCAAAUAUUAGAAUAUGAAAAAAACCUACAUUUUAUGACCUUAAUUGAUAUGUCAAGUAACAAUUUGUCCGGAACAAUACCUCCACAGAUGUUUAGUCUCAUUGGAUUGCAUUCCUUGAAUUUAUCCAACAACAAAUUAGCAGGAGAAAUACCAAAUGAGAUUGGAAAUAUGAAAAACUUGGAGUCCCUCGAUUUUUCAACAAACCAACUUAGGGGAGAAAUUCCUGAGAGCUUAUCCAAAUUAUCCUUUUUGGGUUACUUGAACCUGUCAUUCAAUGAUUUGACAGGCAAAAUACCAUCAGGAACACAACUUCAGGGAUUCAGUGCACUUAGUUACAUGGGCAAUCAUGAUCUUUGUGGACCCCCACUUACCAAAAUCUGCUUUCCAGAUGAUGAACAUAAAGACAGAGAGGUUGUGCAUGAAGGUGGAAAUCAAUUUAAAUUUUUGACAUGGUUUUACAUCGGAAUGGAAUCUGGAUUUGUAACAGGCUUUUUAGGAGUUUGUUCUUCACAUGAGGACCGUGCUGCAAUAGUUUGCUUCUUGGAUCGCCAUGAGAUUAAAGAGGAACCAAUGAAUAAACUGUUAGGCGAUUUCGGCAAGCAUACCGAAUCGUUCAA